GAGGUUCCUUUAGAAGAGCCAAAAUCAAACCCGAUGAAUGAAUAAAUCCCUCUGUUUCCUUCGCCUGGUCAUCCAACAGGGAUCAUUGCUUAAAUCUCUUUCUCUUCUUCCUUCAACCCAUCUUUUCCAUUUUUUAUCUCAUUCCCCUGUCUCAAUACACAUAUAUAAAUAACCCACACACAAUCAAAUUCCCAUCACAUUCUUCCACUUCAACUCAAUUCAACCCAUUAUUCUCAUCUUCUUUACAAUGGCUGGAAUUGGCUUUGAGGACCUGCUUCCUGUCAUGGCCAACAAGCUUGGUGGGGAGGGGCUUAUGAAGGAGCUCUGCAACGGGUUUGAGCUGCUGGUGGACAAAGAAAAAGGGGUCAUAACGUUGGAGAGUUUGAGGGAGAAAGCUGCACUCUUGGGGCUGCAGGACUUGAAAGAGGAUGAACUUGUUAGCAUGAUGACUGAAGGGGAUCUUGAUGGAGAUGGGGCACUCACCCAGAUGGAGUUUUGCGUUUUGAUGUUCAGGUUGAGCCCUGAAUUGAUGGAGGAAUCCUGGUUUUGGCUUGAAGACGCUCUCCAACACGAACAACUCAACCAACACCACAACAACACCGAUAGCAACUCUUCCAUUUUAGUAGUGCUUAGUUUUUUGCUUAGGAAAGAAUAAUUCAAUCACAGGGGCUUUCCUCUGCUCUUAUUUUCCUGGUUAUUUUUUUUGUUUGUUUGUGUUAAUUCUUGUACUUUUUAUUUUCUUCUU